AUGGCCAGCUCACCUCUUCCCGCCCAGCAACCAUCAAGCAUCCUACCUUGUCAAUAUAUCAUCACCCAGAUCAGGACACUGACCGUGUCAGAGGGAACAUCCAUCACAGAUCAGCUGUCUUGUGCCCAAAGAGAGUGCCAGCGGAUCGCCGAAGAAGAAAAGCGUGUCGGAAGUGAGCUUAGAGACGCCGAAAAGGAGUUGGACACUGCGAUCAUCGAAGCGGGGGCUACUGAGAAAGCGUUCAACACGAUCUCAGAAUCCACCAGAGCGGACGAGACAGUGAAUCCUUUGUUGGCCGGCACGAGAAGACAAGCAGCAGAAGACGAAAAUAGGCGGAUCGCCAAUGACGAGCGGAAUACCCAUGCCGGGAAAGCUCGAUUGAGUCAGACCCUUGUAUUGCUGAACCAGAUUCACAGUGCAGCAUCGAACCUUGUGCAAGCAGAUCGAGAUGAUCGUGACGAGAGGAUUGCAGAAGCGAUGAAUAACGCUCGACGUGUAUCUUCGGAAGGAGUUGAGAGGGCGAAAAGAGAAGUAGAGGAGCUAAGAAAGCAAGUGGCGGAUCUCAAGACAAGAAGGUUUGACAUGGAAGCACUUGCCCUUGUUUGUCGCGGAUUGUCAAAUCUUCAACAGAAAGAUGGAGGGGAGGUUGGCAUGCCGUGA